CUAAUUUCCGCUAUAGCUUUCCAUCUCCCAUUCGUGCUUAUUGCCUUCUCUUCUUUUUUCUCUCUCUCCUCAUACUUUUUAGUCACUGUAUUUGCAGGCUUACCUGCUAUCUGUCUCCUCCUUGUAGGGUUUAAUUUUCUCUCUACAAAAGAAAAAAACUCAAACUCUAAUAGCUGCCAUAUGCUCUUACGAGAAUCAAGGUACAUAGCUUGAAAGACUUUGCACUACCGAAAGGAAAAUUAAGGUUUUUUCAUGUUGGUUUGAUGUAAAAGACAUGUUUCCCGGAACUUUGCAGGUGGAAUGUCGGAUACCCUUUAAAAGGCAGCACAGUAACCUGGAGCAGGAAAAAGGUGGAGAAUUGGUCGUCCCAAACAUACAAGAAAUUGGGUGCUAGAAAAAUUACUAGACAACUGCUUGACAGUAUUUGGUUGGACAAAUUGUUCAUUGGACUUUUGCUCCACUGUUAUGCGUAUGCUGUGAUCAUAUGAAACAUAUUUCUGCAGUCCCUCAUCCUACAAUCCUUAGAUUAAUUAGUGUCAUGAUUUCUUAUCACUUGUCCUUGAGGACUCACCUUAAUUACCACGGAUAAUAUAUAUAUAUAUAUAUAUAUAUAUAUAUAUAUAUAUAUAUAUAUAUAUAGUCAAGGUGUAGGAAAGACUAUUUCAUUAAAUUAGUCAAGGUGUAAACAGUAUUAACUAAGAUGCUACUUUAAGUACAAAUUAAAGUCACACAAAUUUGUUUCAUUAGCAGGAAAGUGUUCAGAAGCAACCAAUUAAAUGGCUUCUUCCAGCAGCUAUUCUAAUCCCCCAUGUGCAGCUUGCAAAUUCUUGAGAAGAAAAUGUUUGCCAGGUUGCAUUUUUGCUCCCUAUUUUCCUCCAGAAGAACCAACAAAAUUCGCCAACGUACACAAAAUAUUUGGUGCUAGCAACGUAAGUAAACUCCUCAACGAAAUUCAACCUCACCAGAGAGAAGACGCAGUUAAUUCUCUUGCUUAUGAAGCUGAAGCACGUAUGAAAGAUCCAGUUUAUGGCUGUGUUGGAGCCAUCUCAGUUCUACAAAGACAAGUUAUAGGCCUUCAGAAAGAACUCGAUGCUACGAAUGCUGAUUUAAUGCGAUAUGCCAAUCGUGAAGUUAAUAGUUCAUAUGCGUAUAAUAGUCAAAUGGUGAAUCAACAAAGGAAUUUGAAUUAUGAGAGAAGAUCAAUGGGUUCUGCUGGAGGAACUACUGGAAUUGAUCAAACUAAUUAUGGGUUUUGUAUUCCAAGUUAUACAUGGGACAAUACCAUUUCAGGUAAUCACAACCCUGAGGCAGAUGAUGAUAGUAGCAUGUGAAAUGUCCCAAUGAUAUUUACUAAUUGUUUGUGUGAUGCUAUAUAUAGCUAUUGGUAAUUAAUUACUUGGUGAUCAUUAUUAUUGCUCCGUUUUGAAUGGGCAAUUAAGUGCAUCUGUAUUGUACAAAAACUGAAUUAUAUAUAUGGUCGUGAUUUGGGUAUUGUUCAAAGUUUUAUGUGGCAAUCAUUGC